UUAAACAGUUUCGAGAAGUUAUGAGAGUAUAUCAUUAAAAUUCAACAUGGCGGCAUGCCUGCAGUGCUUUGCUCAACUGGGCAGUCUCUCCUACUAGACACUCUCUCUAUCUACCUGAUCUCCUUGGUCCCUUUUGUACCACAAGAAGCAACUUCUCUGUAAAGCCGAAUCAAUUUAAAAGAAGCACUAUAAUCUUACCCAGAAGUCAGAGCAAGCACUGCCACAUCUGAGGGGAAGAGGAAACAUCUGGGAAUUCAAGCAAAAACAUCAAACAAAAAAGGGAACCAACUUGAAGCCGCUAAUAUAUCAAGAAUAACAAUGGCAACUCCUCAGGUGAAGGCUUUCCCAUCGCCGCCAGCCCACGACCCCGCCAUCCUUGCCUUCGAGAGAUCCACAGCAGGAACAACCAAUGGAAAUUAUGGAAACAUUGCCGUACAGCAACAGCCUGGAAGUAAUAACAAUCUCACCAGCGGGAUUCGAGAAACUGGAAUUGUUGAAAAAUUAUUGCAUUCCUAUGGGUUUAUUCAAUGCUGUGAACGUGACGCUAGACUAUUCUUCCACUUCAGUGAAUACAAUGGAGAUGUGGAUAACAUGAAAAUAGGAGAUGCGGUUGAAUUCUACCAGUCUUAUGACAAAAGAACUGGCAAGCCAAUAGCAUGUGGUGUAGUCAAAUCGGAUUCCAGUGAAAUUUCCUAUGAAAUUUUGAGUGCAGAACGCAUUAAUGGAACAGUGGCUGCCGAGGCCAAACCUGUGAACAGGCGCCAUUCUCUGACUGGUGUAGGACCCCAGGACGGACUGGGGAGAGUGUCCUAUGAGAACAGUGGCGAGUGGUUCUUUGUGCCGUUUGGCCAAGAAGACGUGGAAGAUGGUUUCAAACUGAAACCAGGAGACAAAGUCACUUUCUUCUUGGCAACUGACAAAAGGAACGGCAACAUCCGUGCCAAGAAGAUCCAGGUUGUCCAGGAGCGCUACCAGGGCGUGGUCUGUUCUAUGAAGGAUUCCUUUGGUUUCAUUGAGAGGGCAGAUGUUGUCAGGGAGAUCUUCUUCCACUACAGUGAAUACCAGAAUGACAUCAAUGAACUGAUUCUAGGGGACGACGUGGACUUCUCUGUGCAGAUCAGAAAUGGUAAGGAAGUAGCUGUAGAUAUCAGGCACCUGGCGGAAGGCACUGUCAUAUUUGAAGAUGUCAGUCUGGAAACUACCAAAGGGAAAAUUCAGAAAACGCUGAAGAACUCGCACAACCGAAGGCAGAGUGAUCCUCUCGCGGGCAGGAUAGUGUACCAAGCUAAAACUGGGUCAGUCGAGAUCCCCUAUGGAGACAAGGACCAGAAGGGUGAUUACACGUUGCAGUGUGGGGACUUAGUUGAAUUUAACAUUGCAACAGACAGAAGAGAUAAACUGCAAAGAGGAACUAACAUCAGACUUCUGGAAGAAACAUUUAAAGUGAAUGCUGAAAAGAGGGAGUAUGGUGUUGUAGUGACAUUGAAGGAAGGGUAUGGUUUUAUCAAAUGUGCAGACAGAGAUGCACGCAUGUUCUUCCACUUCAGUGAGCGUCUGGAUCCUGACUCGGAAAUAAAUUUACAAGAUGAGACAGAAUUUACUGUCAUUCAGGAUCCCAGCUCACCAAGUCGUCAUAUUGCCAUUCGAAUCAAGCAACUACCAAAAGGAACAAUUUCAUUUGAGAGCGUCUCUAAGGAUAAAUACAUAGGUGUUGUGGAGAAGGAACCAGCAACACACAAAAGUCCAAGUAAAAAUAAAGAAGCAAACGACUUGUUUGGUCUGAUAAGCUAUGAACACAAUGGAACAAAGCAGACAAUCUCUUACCUCCUCAAGUCUAUUACUGACAUGAGGAACAUACCAAAGUAUGGGGAUAAGGUGGAAUUUCAUAUCUCCGAAGUAAAACGCAACAGUAGCAGGACAGCUGUGAACAUCAGGGUUCUCAGUCGCAACAGCACACCAAGACAACAGGGUUUUAUUGCAACUCUCAAAGAUAACUUUGGAUUCAUUGAAAAUGCAGAACAUGACAGAGAAAUUUUCUUUCAUUACAGUGCUGUGGAAGGCGACCCUUGUGAUUUGGACCUUGGAGAUGAGGUUGAGUUUGUGAUCACAAAGAAGAGCACCAAAGUCAGUGCAGAAAACAUCAGAAAGCUCCCCAAGGGAACAGUAGCUGUGGUGGCAAAUCAACCUGGGAUGAAAAGAGGGAAAAUAAUACGUCCAAUGAGAAUUGUCAACCCAGACCAGGAUGAGUAUUGUGGAAUAGUACAAGUUGGAACAGAUGAUGAUCCGUCUGCAGAGAAGUAUCCCUAUGGCAUUACCAGCCUGGCUGAUAAGAGAGACUUCCUACAGAAGGGAGACAUCGUCAAGUUUCAGAUUUGUACCGUGAAGGGGACAAACAAAAAGAUGGCCACCAAUGUGGCAGCUGAGAGGAAAUACAUCCGCGCCCAUGUCGACUCAGUCAAGGGACAGUAUGGAUUCCUGACCUACGAGGCAGAGGAAUCCAAGAAGCUGUUCUUCCACAUGACGGAGGUCCACGAUGGGGUUGAACUUCAGCCAGGUGAUGAGGUCGAGUUUGUGGUUGUCCAGAAUCAACGUAAUGGAAAAUACUCGGCCUGUAGUCUGAGGAAGAUCUGUGAAACAAGACGCCCUGAACGCCUUCUUAGUCGCUUGAAGAGUGUCUCUGAAGACUCUGGUCAGCGAGUCACUGUGGUACGUCAACCCAAGGGUCCGGAUGGCACAAAGGGCUUCAAGCAACAGAGAGUGAAAUGGACAAGCCCUGUGUAACAUACAUGCACUAUCAUAGCAACAGUCCAAAAAGAAACUUAUGUAUAUUUUGUUUCAUUUUUAUGGUUAUUUGUCUAGGUUUUUUUGUGUUGAUUUUGUAUCUCAGACAUGUUUUCAUAAAUAUUGUUUUGUCAUGAAACUAAACAUUUACUCAGUUAUAAGAUAAGAUGAGAAGAAAGCACAGCAUGAAAAAAGUUUUUUUUUUUUUAUAAAAUUUUGUAAAAAGUCAGGUCCAUAGAGUCAGUGUUUGCAAUACCAUUGUAAUGAAUCUCUUUUACACUAGGCAAAGAGUUUUUCUUGUGUGGAAUCUAUAGCUGAAGAUGUGUAAAACAGUUUUAACUUUUCUGCCCUAGACGGUCUAAGCGUACAACAACUCCAGUGUGCUUUAAGAAAAACAUCAUAUUGAAUAUUGACAAAAUAUUGAAAGAGAACUAAAACUAGAAAUUAUGCUAACAUGAAAACAUCUGCCUGUUGGAAAAUGCAGUUGCUUCUGAAAGCCCCAGGUGUGCCGAAUUUCUGUUUGGUCUGAUCUGGUUUUAGUGAUUUUUCAGCAUAUUGAAUAUUGUGUUUAAAUCUUGUUGGUAUGUUCUUUUGAAAUGCAUACCUUAAUCCUGAAAUGCUGUUGAAACAAAAGGCAAUACAAAUGGAAUAUAAUAUAUGCUGAAUGUGAUUGUAUGUCAUUCUAUGUUAAAUGUUUAUACGGAAAUUAUUUACUUCUCUUUGUCAGUUCAAAUGACAUUAAGGACUGAGAGAGCUGUAAGAAAAUACACACACAAUAUGGUGCUAUUAUAUGUGGUCUUGUCCAUCUGUGAUUAGAAUUGUCAAAAAUUACAGGCGUGCUUUAGAGUUAAGACAUACAAGUAAUAGUAGUCCAGUCUCAGCAAGCAGCAGUGAGACAUUUGGUGCACUUAAGUGUUUUCAUAUGGCUAUAUAGUGCAAGUUAUAACCGGGAUUAGCUGAUACUAGAUGAAUAUAAAAACUAUUAAAGACAUGCAUUCCAUGUAUGACAUAGUGCACUAGCCUGUUAUCUCACAAGAAAUAUUUGUUAAUCUUUAAUUUGUGAUAAGGUGAAUUAUUCACAUAAAGGAAAUAUUAAUACACUUAUCAACCAAGAGAUAUUAGACCCCAGUAAUAUGGGAUAUUGGACUGUUGCUAUGGUUACAUGAGUUGAACACAGUUGACCCCCAUGAUCAGCUUUAGUUGAAAUGAAAACCUGUGUACUAACCAGUUCUUUAUGGUACAUUAAUUAUUAAUUAUUGUAAUGUUAUUUUCAUUUACCUUUUUUUAAACUAAUUUUGCUUGCCUCAAGUUCAGUGUGCAAUAUUCUUUCUGAUGAUCCUCCUUGUUAGGUGGCCUUCCUUCUUCAUCUUUAUAAGAAGUGGGCUUUCUGUUGGCUGGUAACAAAUAUCUGAUAUUUGAACUAUGUAUUGGUUGUAUUCAAGUCCAAUGUGUAGAAGACAGAUGCUUUUUUCUGGCCAAAGCUUCUAAUUUGUCACCAAAUUCUUAGAGGAUUAAUGUAUUUUUUCUUGACAAGCUCUCUUCCCCGUCAUCCAUGUCUCCGGAUUUAUUAACAUUUUACCAGUUGCUUUGAUU